AUGUCUUAUCCAAUUCUUCCGAUGGGCGCGACUAGUGCGACGUACGUUAAGAAACAUUAUCCUGCGCUUUUGAAGAAUGUCGUUCAUGAUUGCACCGAUACCAUCGAUGGUAUUUACCUGUUCAAUGAUCUCGUAUCUGCCAAAGGAAAUAUCGCCAAUGAGACACCUGGCUUCAAGGAAUACGAUGCCCAUGGCGGAGACAUGGCAUGCCACAUCAGAGCUGGAAUGCUGCAGGAGCUCUACGAGUAUCAUCAUGAGCGGACUCAAGUGACUGGACGAAGUUUCCUUGACGGCGAUGUCAUCCGUCAAUAUGUCGAUCAACUCCAUAUCGUGCGGAAGAAUGCCCAGCAUGCUUGCCUUCAGCUCACCAAACGCAACGUGAACCCGGAGAAACUUGGCAUUCCACUUAAGCGCGACACUGCCUCUCACAUAAUGGAAGUCCUUGGAUGGAAUAUCGAAUCGGUUGGAUCCCCUGGUAUUUACUCACCAUGUGCGACUCCCGGCUCGCGCAACCCCAGCACCUCAUCCUCUGCAUCAGGUUCCUCCUCUGGUACCCCCUCCGGUUCCCAGACGCUAGCCGAUGCGGGCGAGUCUGGGUCCCUUUCCUCCUUCUCGGCUAUGUCUAUCUCUUCGUCCAUCUCUUCCACAUCCGGUGUAUCAGAUGUUGAUAGCUUGACCUUUCCCAAGUGGAAUGUGGAGGACUCUCGCAUGGCUGUUUUAUUUCUGGCAGCUACCUCAACCCUAUCCAACUUUAAGGAGUUUGCCCGCAUGGGGUCUCGGAUCACCGUGCGUUUUGUUCCCAAGAAGGCGCUCGAUGCUGGAAACGAGGUCAUUCAGCCAUAUUGGGAUCGUUCCAACACCAACUACGCCGACUUUGGAAUCAAUCGUAUCAAGGACCGAAAUGGGUUUUUGCAGAAGUGGAUCUCGCGGCUAUCCUGCUCGUGGAUUCAAACUUGGGCGACAAAUCUCGGGCUCUCACAGGAUCUGCAACGGUAUGCACUUGUGAACCAACUCGCUUCUAUGAUGAUUUUGAUCAGAAGCUAA